CUCUUGCAGGGUCCUGGGUUCCAGUCCUCGCGUCGGGAGAGGUACGGCCACGUCUUCAAGACCCACCUGCUGGGCCGGCCGCUGAUCCGCGUGACGGGCGCCGAGAACGUGCGCAAGAUCCUGAUGGGCGAGCACAGCCUGGUCAGCACCGAGUGGCCGCGCAGCACCCGCCUGCUCCUGGGCCCCAACACCGUGGCCAACUCCAUCGGAGACGUCCACCGGCACAAGCGGAAGGUGUUCUCAAAAAUAUUCAACCACGAAGCUCUGGAAAGUUACCUGCCCAAAAUUCAGCUGGUGAUCCAAGACACCCUGAGAGUCUGGGGCAGGAACCCUGAGCCCAUCAACGUCUACCACGAAGCCCAGAAGCUCACGUUCCACAUGGCCAUUCGGGUCCUUCUGGGAUUCCAGAUCCCAGAUGAGGACCUCAGCCAGAUGUUUGAAGUCUACCAGCAAUUUGUGGAGAAUGUCUUCUCCUUACCUGUGGACCUGCCCUUCAGUGGCUACCGUAAGGGGAUUCGUGCCAGGGAGAUUUUGCAGAAAGGCUUAGAAAAAGCCAUCCGGGAAAAGCUGCAGAAUUCCCAAGGGAAGGACUACCUGGACGCCCUGGACCUGCUGAUAGAGAGCGGAAAAGAACACGGGAAGGAGCUCACCAUGCAGGAGCUGAAGGAUGGCACCCUGGAGCUGAUCUUCGCCGCCUAUGCCACCACAGCCAGCGCCAGCACCUCUCUGAUCAUGCAGCUGCUGAAGCAUCCGGUGGUGCUGGAGAAGCUUCGCGAAGAGCUGAGGAACACGGGCCUCCUGCACAACGGCUGCCUCUGCGAGGGGGCGCUUCAGCUGGAGACCGUCCACAGCCUCCACUACCUGGACUGCGUCAUCAAGGAGGUCCUCCGGCUUUUCACCCCCAUUUCGGGGGGAUACCGGACGGUGCUGCAGACCUUCGAGCUGGAUGGCUUCCAAAUCCCCAAAGGAUGGAGCAUCAUGUACAGCAUCCGAGACACGCACGACACGGCUCCCGUCUUCAAAGACGUGGACGCGUUUGACCCCGACCGCUUUGGGCGGGACCGCAGCGAAGACAAAGACGGCCGGUUCCACUACCUGCCCUUCGGCGGAGGGGUACGGACCUGUCUGGGCAAACACCUGGCCAAGCUCUUCCUCAAGGUGCUCGCCAUUGAGUUGGCCAGCACGAGCCGUUUUGAACUGGCCACCAGGACUUUCCCCCAGGUGACCCUGGUGCCCGUGGUCCACCCGGUCGACGGACUGAAGGUCAAAUUUUUUGGACUCGACUCAAAUCAGAACGAAAUCUUGACAGAGAGAGAGGCCAUGUUGGGGGCCACCGUGUAG